AUGUCGUCCUUUUUCUUGAUGACCAUAUGCCCACUUUUCCUCAGCUUCUGUACCAUUGUGGUGUCUGGCCAAUGUUUUGGCAAUCAGCAGUCUUUGUUGCUCCAGUUGAAGAACAACCUCAUAUUCGACAGUGCUUUGUCCGCGAAACUGGUGCAUUGGAACCAAAGCGCCGAUUGUUGUUCUUGGGAAGGCGUAACCUGCGAGGAGGGACGUGUUAUUGGUCUCGACCUGACCAAUGAAUCCAUCUCAGGUGGGCUCGAGAAUUCAAGCAGUCUCUUCAGUCUACAGCAUCUCCAAAACUUGAGCUUGGGUUACAACAACUUCAACAAGUCUCAAAUUCCAUCAGAGUUUGACAAGCUCAUGAAUUUGAGGUUUUUGAACCUAUCAAAUGCUGGCUUUGCAGGACAAAUUCCAAUUGCAAUUUCCCACUUAAGGAGUUUGGUUUCUCUUGAUUUAUCUACCAGUUACUUUGUCAAAACUCCACUGAAACUUGAGAAUCCAAAUUUAAAUACGCUCGUUCAGAACCUUUCUGAGCUUAUAGAGCUUCUUCUUGAUGGGGUAAACAUAUCAGCACAGGGGAAUGAGUGGUGUCAGGCCUUAUCAUCUUCACUGCUAAAUUUGAGAGUGUUGAGUUUGUCAAAUAGUUGCCUUUCAGGCCCUAUUGAUUCCACCUUACUGAAGCUUCAGUCCCUCUCAAUUAUUCGUUUGGAUAAUAACAAUUUGUUUACUCCAAUUCCAGAGUUCUUCGCAAAUUUCACAAAAUUGAUGUCAUUGCGUCUCAGUUUUUGUGGGUUGAUUGGCACAUUUCCAAGAAAGAUCUUCCAGGUACCAACACUAGAGAUUCUUGACUUGUCUUAUAAUCAAUUACUUAAUGGUUCUUUGCCAGAUUUUCCUCAUAAUGGAUCUCUUCGGACCCUGGUGCUUAGCCAUACAAGAUUUGCAGGGAAACUGCCAGAUUCUACUGGUAAUCUCAAAAUGUUGUCAAAGAUUGAUCUUUCCUUCUGCAAUUUUGAUGGGUCAGUCCCAUACUCAAUGGCAAGCCUCACACAAUUGGUUUAUUUGGACAUGUCAUACAAUAGUUUCAAUGGACCAAUUCCUGUCUUCAGCAUGGCCAAAAAUCUGACCCAAAUAAACCUUUCUUAUAACAAUUUAACUGGUCAAAUAACUUCCACCCGCUGGGAAGAGCUUCUGAAUUUGGUGGAUCUUGACUUACGUUACAAUUUGUUAGAAGGGAAUAUUCCAGUGUCUCUCUUUUCUCUUCCAUCAUUGCAUAAAUUACAACUUUCUAAUAACCAAUUUUCUGGUAAACUCGAUGAAUUUCCCAACAUUUCUUCUCAUGUGCUAGGCACCCUUGAUUUGAGUAGCAACCACUUGGAAGGUCCAAUACCUAUGUCUGUCUUUGAACUCCGAGGUAUUAAGUUCCUCUCACUUUGUUCAAACAAGUUUAAUGGCUCCUUACAGUUUAGUGUGAUUCAACGGCUAAAAGAUCUUUCAAAUCUUGAUCUUUCACAAAAUAGCUUGUCGAUUGAAUAUAAUGGAACUAAGUCUUUGUUAUCCUCCUUUCCCCAAAUCACCACAUUAAAAUUGAGUUCUACCAAGUUGAAAGCAUUUCCUGGUUUCUUGAUAAACCAAUCCAAAUUAAGUCAUCUAGACCUUUCUGACAACCAAAUUAUGGGAGAGAUACCCGAUUGGAUUUGGAAAAAUCGUAAUCUUGGUCACUUAAAUCUCUCUCAUAAUAGCCUUGUGAGGUUGGAAGGACCUUUACUCAACCUUUCUUUUUUGAGUGUCCUAGACCUUCACUCUAACCAACUCCAUGGUCAACUCCCAUUUCUCCCACCAUCUGCCACUUAUUUGGAUUUCUCAAGGAAUGAUUUUAGCUUUGCUAUUCCAACUAGUAUUGGCAAUUCCCUAAAAUCCACUCAUUUCUUCUCUCUUUCAAGCAAUAACUUCCACGGGAAUGUCCCAGAAUCAAUAUGCAAUGCUUCGUAUCUUCAAGUUCUAGAUCUAUCUAAUAAUUCUUUGAGUGGCACAGUUCUCCAAUGCCUGAUUAAGAUGAGUAAGACUUUAGGCGUGCUGAAUCUAGGGAGAAACAACUUCAUUGGCAUAAUUUUUGAUACAUUUCCUCACAACUGUGAUUUACAAACCCUAGAUCUCAGUGAAAACCUACUAAAAGGAGUGCUACCAAAGUCUCUGGCCAAUUGCACAAAGUUGGAGAUCUUAAGUAUUGGGAACAAUCACAUUGACGAUACAUUUCCAUGUUACUUGAAGAACAUAUCCAUGUUGCAUAUCCUUGUUUUGCGAUCUAAUAAAUUGUACGGGUCUAUUAGUUGUCUAGGGCAUGAUGUCAACUGGUCAAUGCUUCAAAUUCUAGACCUAGCUUCAAACAAUUUUAGUGGUAAGCUACCCAAAAAUUUCUUCAAUGCCUGGAGAGCAUUGAUGUUUGGAGAAUAUAAGCCCCAGUCAAAGCCCAAUCACCUCCAAUUUGAAUUCCUGGGAUUCAAUGAAUUUUAUUAUCAAAAUGCGGUAACUACUACCAUCAAAGGUCGAAUGAUGCCGCUGGUGAAGAUCUUGACUAUCUUCAUUUCCCUUGACUUUUCAUGCAACAAUUUUGAUGGGCCUAUCUAUGAAGAAAUAGGAGAACUCACAUUGUUAUAUAGUCUCAACUUGUCACAUAAUGCUUUUGUUGGCGGAAUCCCACAAUCUUUGGGAAAAUUGAGUAAUCUUGAGUCAUUAGAUCUAUCAAGCAAUGAACUUACUGGUGAGAUUCUUGUGCAACUUGCGGAUGGUCUUAUUUUCCUGGCAGUUCUCAACCUUUCAUUCAAUCAAUUGGUGGGGCAUAUUCCAUUUAUCAAGCAAUUUGCUACAUUUCAACAAAAUUCCUAUGAAGGGAAUAAAGGAUUAUGUGGCUUACCUUUGAAAGAAAUAUGCACAUAUACAGAGCCAAGAUUGCCACCUCCAACAACGGAAGAAAUUCAUUCAGAUUCUGGAAUUGUGAUUGAUCAGAACUAUCUAAGUUUUCAAACACUGUUGUUGGACCAUGCCUAUCUCGUCUCCAGACCCUUGGUUUUAGACGAAGAUUUUCUCGUCAAUGCUUUUCGAAGUGUUGAUGACUAG